AUGGGAGGGUUCUUAGGGAAGUCUUGUUAUGCUGAUGCUACUAUCAUUGAAGCGGAAGAAAUCUCUAAAGGACUUUCGUGGGCAUGGGAGGCUGGAAUUAGAGACGUGGAAAUUCAAUCAGAUGCUGAGAAGGUCAUCAACUGGAUUCUGGGAGAUUCUGUGUUGAGGGGUCCUAUAUGUGAGCAUAUAGAGAAUAUCAGAAAUCGGCUCAAGGAUAUCUGGAAGAUUUCUUUCCGAAAUAUAGUUCGAGAACAAAACGAGUGUGCUGAUGCCCUAGCAAACUUGGGAGCGAAUAUGAACGUGGACUGGCGUGCUCUUGCACAUUGUCCCCCGGGCCUGGAGGAGACUCUCUACAACGAUCGGUUGCGGACAAAUUGGUCCCAUAGUGAUAGGACCUAG